UUCUUGUACUGUAGUUGGCGGCCCGAAAAAGUCACGCAAAAUAGAAAAUGCCAAAUAGAUGUAUUGUGGCUUGUUGCUCUAAUGUCUCUAAUGUAAAAAAAGGAGUCUCGCUUCAUUUCAUACCGUUUUCCGGAGAUGAAAGGCCAGAAGCCAAAAUAAGACGUAAACAAUGGAUUGAUUUCGUACGGUUGAAACGGGCAAAAUGGGAUCCAACACCUAAUUCCAGUAUUUGCUCAGCACAUUUCGCAAAAGAAGAUUUUUCGCAAAUGUUUUCUGGUCUGUCGGCUAAAGUACCUAGAUUAGCUACCGAUGAGAUUGGCGUCGUGGCAGUCCCUAAAUAUAAUAUUGCAGCUGAAUGUCCCCCGUCAGCAAGAGCCAAGAGAAGGGUUUUAAAGGAAGCAUUGUCCACAAGUUUGUCUCGACCAGGAGAAUCAGAAGAAGAGCCAGAGGAUUUCGAACACUGCGUGCCAAUGGAAUUAAAUGUGGAUGAAGAGAUACCAAGCGAUGUUCCUUGCAGCAAAACAAACAGCGCUUUGACUCAGACAGAUGGUUGUGUUGGUUGUGCGUACCUACUGAAAGAGAAAAGGAAAACAUGGAACAAAUAUGUAGCUCUGAAAGCAAAAUACGAUGAAUUAGUGAAAGCCAAACGUUCUAAAGGUGUUCAGUGCAAUAUACUGAAUGACGAAGAGGUCAUUCAGCACAGAGCUGAAUCAGAAAUGACGGCAGGCAACGACGUAAAUGAAGAGUCUGAAGACAGCGAAGUUGAAAUGGACACGGUUGCGGACGACGAUUUUAAAAUAGAAGACGAGGCUGAAUCGGGAAGAUCGGAAUUUGAUGAAUUAGAAGAUGAAUGCAGAAGGUAAAAUAUUUGACUUGUUUGUAAAUGCUAUCUAAUUGUGAAUCAUUCUAUGUC